CACACCGUCUCUACCGGGGAUACACCGUCUCUACCGGGGAUACAGCGUCUUUACCGGGCACACGGCGUCUCUACCGGGGACACAGCGUCUCUGUCCAGAUGUGGAUCCAACCGGAAGAGGUGCUGCUUGCCGGGGCUCUCUGGGUGUCUGAACGGGCCAAUCCGUUCUUCAUCCUGCAGAGGAGGCGGGGCCACGGUCGCGGGGGGGGGCUGUCCGGUCUCCUUGUGGGGACUCUGGAUGUGGUCUUGGACUCCAGUGCCAGAGUUGCUCCGUACAGGAUUCUGCUGCAGACGGCCGACUCUCAGAUCUACUGGAACAUCGCCUGUGGCUCCAACAGGAAGGAGAUCACGGAGCUCUGGGAUUGGCUGGAGUCCAACCUGCUGCAGACCAUCUCCAUCUUCGACAGCGAUGAAGACGUCACGACCUUCGUCAAAGGGAAGAUCUGCGGCCUCAUCGCGGAGGAGAAGCGGCUGCAGCCGGGGGAGGAGCCGGAGGACUGCGGGAAGUUCCGUGAGGCGGAGCUGAAGAUGAGACGCUUGUUCCGGAUGCCUGAAGAAGAGAAGCUGGUGAAUUAUUACUCGUGCAGCUACUGGAAGGGACGAGUGCCGCGGCAGGGAUGGCUCUACCUGUCCGUCAACCACCUCUGCUUCUACUCAUUCCUAUUGGGCAAGGAAGUGACUCUGGUGGUGCAGUGGACGGAGGUGACCCAGCUGGAGAAGAACGCCACGCUGGUGUUCCCGGAGAGCGUCCGUGUCAGCACGCGUCACGAGGAGCAUUUCUUCUCCAUGUUCCUGAACAUCAACGACACGUUCAAGCUGAUGGAGCAGCUCGCUAACAUCGCCAUGCGCCAGCUGCUCGACAACGAGGCGUUCGCCGCCGACCGCUCGCUGCCCAAACCCUGCAAGACGCUCAGGAACGUCUCUGCACUCAAGAGGGACUUGGACGCGCGGGCGAAGAACGAGCGUUACCGGACGAUGUUCCGCCUGACGCAGGACGAGCGUCUGGACGGACACACGGACUGCACGCUGUGGACGCCGUUCGCUAAGAUGCACGUCGUGGGUCAGCUGUUCAUCUCCAACAACUACGUCUGCUUCAACAGCAGAGAAGAAGAACUGUGUCAGCUGAUCAUCCCGCUCAGAGAGGUGUCCAUCGUGGAGAAGGCGGACAGCAGCAGCGUCCUGCCGUGUCCCGUCUCCAUCAGCACCAAGAACAAGAUGACCUUCCUGUUCGCCAACCUCAAAGACCGGGACUUCCUGGUGCAGCGGAUCUCUGACUUCCUGCAGAGGACGCCUGACAGUUGCUGGGGCGACACCAACCCGCUGUCUCUGAUUGGCUCCUCGGUGCGUAGCCCAGGUGGAGUAGGCGUGUCUCCGCCCGUUUCCUCCGUCUGAUGUUUGUUUUGUGUUCAGGCGCCGACGGACUCCGCCAGCAGGGGGCGACAUUACCACGCCGGCCUCCCCACCGCCAGCCGGGCGCUGCUGCAGCUCUACCAGCACGACUCAGAGGAGGACCUGGGCCCCCGAGCUAUGAAGGAGAAGAUGAAGGAGGAGGCGUGGAACAUCCAUUUCUCAGAGUUCGGUCGAGGUGUGUGUAUGUACCGGACCUCCAGAACCAGAGAGCUGAUCCUGAACGGGAUCCCAGAGAGCCUGCGAGGGGAGCUGUGGCUGCUGUUCUCUGGAGCACAGAACGAGAUGGCGUCCCACCCUGGUUACUAUGGCGACCUGGUAGAGCAGGCCAUGGGGCUGUGCUCAUUGGCUACCGAGGAGAUCGAGCGUGACCUCCACCGCUCGAUGCCCGAACACCGAGCCUUCCAGAACGAGACGGGCAUCGCUGCUCUGCGCCGGGUCCUCACCGCCUACGCUCACCGCAACCCGGGCAUCGGGUACUGCCAGGCGAUGAACAUCGUGACCUCGGUGCUGCUGCUCUAUUCUACGGAGGAGGAAGCGUUCUGGCUGCUGGUGGCGCUGUGUGAGCGCAUGCUGCCCGACUACUACAACACCAGGGUCGUAGGGGCUCUGGUGGACCAGGGUGUGUUCGAGGACCUGACCCGGGCCUUCCUGCCCCUGCUCUAUGAACACAUGCAGGAGCUGGGAGUGAUCUCCACCAUCAGCCUGUCCUGGUUCCUCACGCUCUUCCUCUCCGUCAUGCCCUUCGACUCCGCCGUGCUGCUGGUCGACUGCUUCUUCUACGAGGGCAUCAAGGUCAUCUUCCAGGUGGCGCUGGCCGUGCUCCAUGACAACAUGGACGCUCUGCUGUCCUGCAGAGACGAAGGAGAAGCCAUGACCAUCCUCGGCAGGUAUCUGGAUAACGUAGUGAACAAGCAGACCGUGGCUCCUCCGAUCCCUCACCUUCACGCUCUGCUGACGAGCGGCGACGACCCGCCACCGGAGAUCGACGUGUUUGACCUCAUCAAGUCGUCCUACGAGAAGUUCGGCAGCUUGCGCUCUGAUGUCAUCGAGCAGAUGAGGUUCAAGCAGAGGUUAAAGGUCAUCCAGUCUCUGGAGGACACGGCCAAAAGGAGUGUGGUGAGGGCGAUGAUGACGGAGUCCGCGUUCACCAUCGAGGAGCUGGAGGAGCUGUACUGUCUCUUUAAGGCGCAGCAUGUGACCAGCUGUUACUGGGGCUCCAGCAGCUCGGCGGCGGAGCGUCACGACCCGAGCCUGCCGUACCUGGAGCAGUACCGGAUCGACCCGGUCCAGUUCACCCAGCUGUUCACCGCGCUCGCCCCCUGGCUCUGCGGAGGCCACACCCCCUCGCUGGCCGCACGCCUCUUCAGGAUCCUGGACCAGAACCAGGACGGGCUGGUCAACUUCAAAGAGUUCAUCACCGGGCUCAGUGGGAUGUAUCACGGAGACAUGACGGAGAAACUCAAACUGCUGUUCAAGCUCCACCUGCCACCAGCUUUGUGUCCCGAAGAGGCCGAAUCUGCUCUGGAGGCUACACACUUCUUUACUGACGACACGACACAAGAAUCUUCCUUCCUGUCUAAUCCGGACAUUUUGGGGCAGCAGGAAGUGACAUCAGGUGAGGAUGGAGGCGGAGACAGUGAGGAGAAGAAAGAGGAGAAGGUGAAGGACUACAGGUACUAUCUGAGGAUGUGGGCCAAAGAGAAGGAACCCAAGAGAGAGACCAUCAAAGACCUGCCCAGGAUGAACCAGGAGCAGUUCAUAGAGCUGUGUAAGACGCUGUACAACAUGUUCAGUGAGGAGCAGCAGGAGCAGCAGCUGUAUCACUCCAUCGCCACCGUGGCCAGUCUGCUGCUGCGGAUCGGAGAGGUCGGCAAGAAGUUCAACAACGGCUGCAAGAAGACGGACAGCGGCCAGGCCCCGCCCCCCGGACAGGCCCCGCCCCCUACACAGGUCCCGCCCACCGCCCCGGCGGAGCAGGAGGGGGGGGGCGAGGGAGCGUCGGGGGAGUCCCAGGUGUGCCGGGCGCUGGCCGACGCCCAGCUGGAGCCGGACGAGGAGGCCAGAGACGACCUGUCAGUGUCGUCGUACUCGGUGGUGAGCUCCGGCUCGCUGCAGUGCGAGGACAUCGCCGACGACACCGUGCUGAUUGGAGGCGGCGAGCAGAGGCGGGGCAGCGUGCUGGAUGCCGAUUGGUCGAUCACCUUUGAGCAGGUUCUGGCGUCGCUGCUGACCGAGCCGCCGCUCGUCGACUACUUUGAGAAAAAGAGGGACAUCGAGGCCAAGAUGGCCGCCUGUAAGGCUCAGCGGGUGGUGGAGCGUCAGAUUAGCUCCGCCUCCGACCACGAAGUCACCCAGCACUCCGUCUGAGUGACCUUUGACCUGCAGCUGUCCUCGCGUCUCCUCGAGUCCGUCAGCUGGAGCGGUGACAGAACUACAGAAGCCUCAAAGUCCAAAAAGAUGUUUUAUUAAACAAAAACCUGAGAAUCAUUUCUGUUUCUGCUCCGAGGAGACGAAGAAGAAGAAGAAGAAGAAGAAGAAGAAGAAGAAGAAGAAGAAGAAGAAGAAGGAGAAGGAGAAGAAGGAGAAGGACACGAAGAAGAAGAAGGAGAAGAAGAAGAAGGUCCACGUCUGCAACAACAAAUUAAUAAAUCAUUAAUCGUUAUAUUCAUUAAUAAUUAAAUAUUAAUUAUUACAUUUUGUUGUUUUUGUUGGAAAUCUUCUUUCAGAAUCAUUUCAAGAAAAAAACGUUUGAGUUACAGAACGACUGAAAUAUUAAUGUUGAUGACAUCAUCACCUCAUGUUGAUGACAUCAUCACGUCUGUCUCUUUUAUUCGGAUGUCACUGAAGCCUUGUUUUGUUUUCUCUGCUGCCUGAUGCUGAUGACAUCAUUCCUGUUUGAUGACAUCAUUCCUGUUUGAUGACAUCAUUCCCGUCUGAUGACAUCAGAGGUUUUUAUUUUCUCUGUCGUAUUUUAAUCU